AUGCGCCCCCGACAAAUCGAGCUCCCCGACAUGAACCUCGAGACGGUGGGCUCAUUCCUCGAGUUCCUCUACACGGGCGAAUACUUCCCCAAGAAGCUGCCCGGCCAGCGCGUCUUGGAGUCCGACCCCAGCCUGCCGGCCGUCGACGACACGGGCGUCCACCUGCUCAAGCACGCGCGCCUGUACACCUUGGCCGAGAAGUUCGGCAUGACGAACCUGCGGUCGCUGGCCAGCUCCAAGAUCCACUGCGUCAACUCCACCGCCAAGGGCGAGAUCACGUAUGCCCGCUACGUCUACGCCAACACCAGCAACGACGACAGGACGGUCCGCGCGCCGAUUGCGAGCUUCUGGGCUACGCGCUCGCACACGCUGCGUGCCGAGGCCGAGGACGAGUUCAAGUCGCUCUGCCUGGAGUAUCCCCAGUUCGGAUACGACGUCCUCACGCGCGUCCUCGACGACAAGCUGAAGCGGGAGCGCAACGAGAAAAUGCAUCCGGCGACGGGGAGCGGGCGAAAGAGGGCGAGACACAGCAGUGGCGGCGGCGGCAGUGGCGCGUAG